UAAUUUUACACGUGUGUCCCGGAUCAGUGCCCAGAGAAUUGCUGUUCUGUCAGGAUGGGAGCAACACUUUCCAGCCCCGCGCCGACUGUGAAGGCGGAGGCCCUUUUGGUCCCUCAGCAAGGACUAGCCCCUCCCCCGGGCUGCCCAAUGCAUCAGGAACAGAAGCAGAGGGCACCCCCACCAGAGUGCCCCAUGCACCAGGCAGCGGCCCCUGUCCCGGAGCAGGUAAAGACACCCUCUGCUGGACCAGCCCAUCAGGAGCGAGCCUACGAGUUUGUGGAGUGUCCAAUGAAGGCAGCCUCCGGGGGAUACCAACACGACAUCGACCCAACGAACAUGAUGCCUCCACCAAACCAGACCCCCGCUCCGGACCAGCCCUUCUCUUUAUCGCUGCGCAGGGAGGAGUCCAAGAUCCCACGGUCCGGGACAGACAAGAACUGGGUGUACCCCUCCGAGCAGAUGUUCUGGAACGCCAUGCUGCGGAAAGGAUGGCGCUGGAAGGAGGAUGACCUCGCUCAGGAGGACAUGAGCAACAUCAUCAAGAUUCACAACCAGAACAACGAGCAGGCCUGGCAAGAAAUCCUCAAGUGGGAAUCUCUCCAUGCAAAGGAAUGCCCGUGUGGACCUUCUCUGGCCAGAUUCGGAGGAAAAGCUAAGGAGUUGUCUCCGCGGGCGAGGUUUCGCCAUUGGAUGGGGUACGAGCUGCCGUUCGACAGACAUGACUGGAUCGUGAACCGCUGCGGGCGGGAGGUGCGGUACGUGAUUGAUUACUAUGACGGAGGCGAGGUUGACAAAGAGACCUACCAGUUCAGCAUCCUGGACGUCCGGCCGGCCUUCGACUCUCUCCAAGCCGUCUGGGAUCGCAUGAGGGUGGCAUGGUGGCGGUGGACCUCCUAAACCCUCAACUGGAAUUUGACAGCCUGAAAGAAACGGUUUUCACUUUUCUCGCUGAGGCGCGAAAAAUAGGCAUAACAGAUCUACAGGCAUACCAGUAAUUUUAUUGAACUCUAUGCUGUAAUAAUUUGCUUGGUUCUAAUCAAAGCUGCAUUCACUUCAUUGUUUGUGGUGAUUUGCGUUACCUUUUAUCCGAGUGAAUAAGGCCAUGGACCUAAUGGGUACAGUGUUGACAAACUGGCGGUUAUGUUACCAGAUUUAGCGACUUUUGUACCUUAUGAGCAAUAAUCACAGAAAGAAAUGGUGGUCUAUACAGUCUGCAAAAAGCAACUUUUGGGAGAAAUCUGGUGACUUGGUGAGUUGGCAACACUGGAUGAACCCACAUUUCUGCCAGCCUUGUAAUGGCUUGUGGGAGGGCACCUUGACGAUGGGAUCUUUUCUUUGAAUCUACUCUACAGCUGUAGUGGUAAUGGUGUUAUGAUGGCACUGUGUGCUAUGCAGUGUGACUGUGCGCAGUGGACGUUUUCCAUUUUGGAAGAGUUAUUUUUAAAGAGGGGAUGGUUGAGAUGAUAUUAGUGUUUCUUUCCUUUCUUUUUUUUUUUUUUUUUGGAAAGUGUACACUCAUAGGUGGUCAGAAGGGAGUGCUGAAAUUACCUCCAGGUAGCUUUAGUGUAUCGAUUAAAAUCAAAACCUGUGUAUACAUGUGGCUGUAAUUUCACGUCUUACAACAUUGCUGUUACCACUUUUAAAUAAAUUGUUUGCUUCUGUUCAUUCAAAGUAAAUAAAUAAUAGGAAAGUAGCAUUUUGUUUAUUUUCUUUUUUUAGUUUAAUGCUAACUAAACCACCACAUGGUAAUAUUAUAUAGAAAACUAAUUUAACUUUUUCAGUGGUAAUAUACAUUCAGGCUGCUAAUGGUACAUAAAUAGGAGUUGUUUCAAAUGUAAAAUUCAAAUGCAAAUUGCAGUGUCACACACGUCUGUUUUUUUUUUUUCCCUCUCACUGGAAAUUGUGUGAAAAGGGAGCCCUGUCACUCGGUGUAGAAGUUUAAAGUUCAGCUUCAAGUGAAACACUUUUCUCAUCUGCUGGUGAAUAGCUUAUCAGAAUCUCGCAGUGCAUGGCCAGCUAACAAAAGCAUUUAUCAUCCGUACACACUUACAGUAAGAAACAAAUCGUUCUGAUAUUCCAGUGUGCUGUGAUGUUGAACAGAAUUGCUGGCUCAUCAGCAGCGUUUCAAAGAUGGUUGUUUUCGUCUACAUUUCAGAGCAUGAAAUAUGGCUCAUUUUUUUACAGUUGCAGCCAAUGAUAGCUGUGCUUCAAUAUUUAUUCAUUUUAGCUUCUGAUUAAUUUUAUUUAUUAUUCGUGAAUGAAGACUAGUGUGCUGUGAUCUCUGUAUGAUGCUGGUACUCUGCUGAAAUAAAUA